CACGGGUCUAGGACGUCACCUGUUCAUUCCAUCAAUUUUUAACAAAUGAUAAUCCUUUGAGCCAUCUCCAGCAGUCAUGCCUCCUUCUGCUACCGUUCUUCUGAAUGAAGAGAGUACCAAUGUCACCACUGGGGCCAUUGGGCGAGCUAAAGAUGGCAGAAAGCUCAAGAUUCGCACAGAGCCCCAGUUUGAUACGCUUCAAGAGGAAAGGGUUUACAGAAAGCAGCAUCUUGCCGCCGCUUUUCGCAUCUUUGCCGAUAAAGGCUUCGACGAAGGGGUUGCAGGACAUAUUUCUGUCCGUGAUCCGAUCUUGACUGAUCAUUUUUGGCUGAAUCCAUUAUCAACGCAUUUUUCGCAGAUCAAAGUCUCUGACUUGAUUCUCGUCAAUGAAGAAGGCGAGGUCGUUAUUGGUGAUGAGCCAAUCAACGGGGCCGCUUUUGCAAUUCACUCAGAGAUUCACAGAGCCAGACCCGAGGUGAAUGCAGCUUGUCAUGCUCAUUCAGUUUAUGGGAAAGCAUUUAGCGCAUUUGGUCGAGAGCUCGAUAUGUUAACUCAAGACGCACUCCGGUUCUACAAGAGCCACGGAGUCUAUACCGAAUUUGGCGGCGUCGUGCUUGAUCGAGAGGAGGGGAAGAGAAUCUUGAGGGCUCUUGGGAACGGAAAGGCUGUGAUUCUUCAAAACCAUGGCCUACUUACAGUUGGUAGAACAGUUGAUGAGGCUGCGUUCUGGUUUAUUAGCCUGGACAAAACAUGCCACGCCCAACUCCUGGUGGAUGCGGCUGAGCGAGGCAGUGGACACAAGAAAAAGAUCAUCAAUGAUGAGGAGGCUGAGUUUACAGCAAAGCAGGUUGGGGGACCGGAGAAAGGCUGGCUCGCGUUUCAAUCUUAUUAUGACGAAAUGAUUGCCAAGACGAAAGGGGCAUUUCUUCUGUGAUCGAGGGGAAUCAUCAAAGGUUGAUGAUCAUCACAAUAGUUGAGUGUAUCCGAAACAAGAAAUCAUUCGAGAUCAAUGCCAUAGUUGGGGGUAUAUAAUGUGAACCGUGUGCAGAAUAUAAUGAGAACUGUGUGCAGAAUCUGCUUUUUCG